UGCUUAGCUUCUCCCAGGCACUACCUUUUCCACUAUUUGAGAGAGAAAAGGUGCAUGUUCUCUUCUUCAAUUAAAACCGACCUAUUCCCUUCCUAUUCUAUUUGCAUAUCGCAUUUGUUCUUGAAUCUCUUUAGCAUAGUAUUCGAUUAAGAAGAACUAACAGCUCAGAGAGAAAGAAAGAAAAGAAAUUUAAAAAGAGAGAAUGUUCCAUGCGAAGAAACCUUCGACUAUGAAUUCACAUGACAGACCUAUGUGUGUUCAAGGAGACUCCGGUCUUGUUCUCACUACCGAUCCUAAACCUCGUCUUCGUUGGACCGUUGAGCUUCACGAGCGUUUUGUUGAUGCUGUUACUCAGUUAGGUGGACCUGAUAAGGCAACACCUAAGACUAUUAUGAGGGUUAUGGGUGUUAAGGGUUUAACCCUUUACCAUCUCAAGAGCCAUCUUCAGAAGUUUAGACUGGGAAAGCAGCCACACAAAGAAUUCAAUGAUCACUCGGUGAAGGAUGGUGAUAGAGCUACAAGUUUGGAACUGCAAAGAAAUUCGGCAUCUUCGUCUGGAAUGAUCGGCCGUAAUAUGAACGAGAUGCAAAUGGAGGUGCAGAGAAGGCUGCAUGAACAACUGGAGGGGUGCAUGUUGCAGGUACAGAGACACCUUCAGUUAAGGAUUGAGGCACAGGGAAAGUACAUGCAGACUAUAUUGGAGAAAGCUUGUCAAACAUUGGGUGGCGAAGAAAACAUGGCAUUACCAGCAAGAACCUUUAAAGCCAACAUUGGAAAUCAGGGAGGAGGACUAAUACCGGACAUUUCAGCUGCCUUUAAAGAGUUUGGAGCCCCUCCUUUAAGUUUCUCUUCAUUUCAGGACCUGAACAUUUGUGGAGGGCACGAGCAACAGCUCGAGCUUCAUGCUCAGAGUAGCGGCAUGGGUGAAAGGUCCUCGUCCUUCGACGGAUUCAUGAACCUAGGCAAUAAUAAUACUGAUCAUAACUUGUCUCUGGGAAAAAAGAGGCCUAGCCCUUAUAACAAUGGGGGUAAUGGAAAUGGAAAGAGCCCCUUGAUGUGGUCCGAUGACUUUCGUCUCCAAGAAAUAGGUGGAGCAACAGGAGGAGCCUCGUGUUUAGGUCCUAAUAAUGAAGACGACCACCAGAUUAUUCAGAUGGCACCGGUUUCAAUGGAGAGGAGUUGCAAUCUCGAGCUUGAUUCUGACAUUUACGAGUCAAAGCCAAUUCUACAAGAUGAAAAGAAAUUCGACGCAAAGCUGGAGAGGCCCUCCCCAAGAAGAGCGCCCCAGAUUUCAAGUUUGAGUGCCCAAGGUGGACGAAACUCUGUUUUCGGGUAAAACUAAUUAGCCAAAUUUUUACACUUGGAACUUUUCUAAUUCUCGGGUAAUUAUAUUGUAGUAUUACUAUUACUAUUAUACUUAGGAAGCACUAUAACUGUUGGCCACCAUAUCAAUGGAUUCAGUUUACUACUGUGAUAUUUUGAAGACCCAUGCAAUGCUACCUAUAUCGUAUCAUGUGACAUGGGCAUACCUUAUUACCUUAAUUAUUAGAUGUAAUUUGUGGCAUCCUGCCCUUCUGAAUUGCAAGAAGGGAAAAGAAGAUAAUUAUCAAUAUUCAAGGGCUCCAUCAUUUUUUCUCACAGUUUUACAAAUAUAUGUAAUUUGUUGGAUAUCAUAAUGCAGUAGACUACACUUGACUGA